AGUCACAAGAAGCUAAUUUUUAAGGUUAAUUUAAAGUUUGAGCCUAACAAGCCGCAACGCGUCUUCCCAUGAACAAACGCGAAAAAAUGUGACGUGAAUUUGCAUCUCAUGAUAAAAUUUCAGAUUGUCGAUGCAUGAUGGAGAUGGCAAAUAGGAAAUUGACUUUGGUGGCUUCUACGGAUGAUGUUUAUUCUUGUUCGAUUGCUACUUCUCAUGUGCGCGAACGGGAAUUGAGGGAGAAGGAUGCGGGGAAAGAGGGAAGAGAUGAAUGUUUGCGAGAUGAGAGGCUGGGAGAGGAUCGUCAGGUGAGAGAUGGGGAUUUGGAGGUUAAUUAUUUUAAGAGUGUACAAUGGUAUGUAUAUUUACCUCUUUGACCGGAAUUUCGUUCACUGAGAUUGAUAAUUAAUAGGACAGCCAAUGGGACAUUCCCCCACCAUUUCUUCCAUUCCUUCUCCCCACCCCACACCCUUCCCAUCCCCAUAAACUGUAUCGCCGCAUACCCACACUUCAGCCUCUCCAACCCCAGCACAACCCUCUACCUAAGCAUUCCCUCCCAUCCGACUCUGCAACAUCCUUUCCCCUUCUUCCGCCCCCCAAGCAUCCUAUAACCUCAUCUGCCCCACCACCGAAAAAUACCUCACUCCCUCCUCCAUCCUCUGGACCACCCCCGGAACCCAUUUCCUCACCGGAACAGAAUGUCUCAUAUCCCACUUCGACAUCUCAUAUCCCGGCUCAGGACCCAUCACCAAACUCCCCACCAUCCCAUCCAAACGCCACAAAAUGAAAGGUGGCGGUGUAGGCAUGCGUGGGAUUGUAAGUGCAUUGUCUUUACAAUCUUCCCCAGACGGGAAUUCCGGCUCGAGUAUGCUAGCAGCGGGGACUUGGACACGAUGGGUUGGUUUGUACGAUGCGGCUGGAUUGGGGGGCACGGUGGGGACGUGGGAUAUUUCCGCAGCGGCGGAUGCUGAAGCGGAUUGGGGUCAGGGAAUUAGUGAGCUGGGGUGGAGUGCGUGUGGGAGGUAUUUGUGGGUUGUGGAGCGGAAGAGUAGGGGGGUUUUGGUUUAUGAUGUGAGGGUUACGGGGAAGUUGGUUAGUUGGUUGGAGGGGAGGGAGGCAGAGACGAAUCAGAGAUUGGGGGUUAGUUGUUUUGAGGGAGAAAAGGGGAUGGAGAUUUGGGCUGGCGGUACGGAUGGAGUGGUGAGGGUGUGGGAGGGGGUUGGAGGGACGGAAGGUGGUGUUGGGUGUGAUUGGGAGUGGAAGGCUCAUAAUGGUAUGAUUUUUCUCUGUUUUCUUCGUCUUUAUUCGUUCUUCACUUCGUUUAAUAUGUUACUUCGCGGAUUUUUAACUAACUCGAAAUCACAGAUCCGAUAGGUUCGACUGUAUUACAUCCAUCCGGAACAGUAGUAGCAACUUGUUCAGGUCAAAGGGCUGAAACGAACAUUAAUGAUGAUGAUACAUCAACAGACUCAGAGGAAGAUAGCUCCGAUGAUGAAAGUGCUUCGGAUUCACAGCAAUCUCCAUCUAUGAUACGCAAAACUAAAGGUAGAACACCAGAUAAUAGUUUGAAAGUAUGGAGUUUAUGAUUAUUAAAUGAAUCCUUCGGUAUUUAUUUUAUUUUUAUCCUUCGUUUAUGCAUAUAUAUAUACAGCAAUUUUGUUUUGUUGUUUUUAGCCAAUCCUAAUAGCAGGUAUAUCCUUC